CCCCUCACAUCCCCGUACCUUACCGACCACAGCUGCCUCUCACAUACUAUACUUACUACGGCUUGCAAUGUGACUCAAAAUACCCGCUACAGGAGCGCCGUUUUUGACAGCUGAAGGAUUGUGUACGAUCACGCCUCUUGGUAACUACGAAAGGGAGAAAACAGGGGGAAAUCAAAAGAGGAAAAUACCCUUUUGCCAUGACAGUGGAUUUGCUCGCGAUUUUAUGUGCAAUCGCUAUGGUUUCUGCAGUGGAAGAAACGGUGAUGGACACGCGGACAGCCACGGCAGAGCUCGGCUGGACAGCGUACCCAGCUUCAGGGUGGGAGGAGGUCAGCGGCUAUGACGAGAACCUGAACACCAUCCGGACGUACCAGGUGUGUAACGUGUUCGAGCCCAGCCAGAACAACUGGCUGCUGACCACGUUCAUCAAGCGACGCGGGGCCCAGAGGAUCUACGUGGAGAUGCGUUUCACCGUCCGAGACUGCAGCAGCAUCCCCUACGUUCCGGGCUCCUGCAAGGAGACCUUCAACCUCUACUACUACGAGACGGACGCCGUCAUCGCCACCAAAGGCUCCGCCUUCUGGAUGGAGGCGCCCUACCUGAAGGUGGACACCAUCGCGGCCGACGAGAGCUUCUCGCAGGUGGACUUCGGCGGCCGCCUCAUGAAGGUCAACACGGAGGUGCGCAGCUUUGGCCCGCUGUCCCGCCGCGGCUUCUACCUGGCCUUCCAGGACUACGGCGCCUGCAUGUCGCUGCUCUCCGUCCGCGUCUUCUUCAAGCGCUGCCCCAGUGUGGUGCAGAACUUCGCCGUCUUCCCCGAAACCAUGACGGGUGCCGAGAGCACCUCCCUGGUCAUCGCCCGGGGUGUCUGUGUUCCCAACUCAGAGGAGGUGGAUGUGCCUAUUAAGCUGUACUGCAACGGGGAUGGCGAGUGGAUGGUGCCCAUUGGCAGCUGCACCUGCAAGGCCGGCUACGAGCCAGACAACGGCAACGUGUGUCGAGGUGAGCCCCUCCCGUACCCUGUCCCCUGCUGCCUCAUUUCCGGUCCCCCCCUCAAGGAAAUCCACCAGGGUCCAAUAUUCCGAUUGAUCAACAAUGGAGGCGAGCUAGCGCCAGCCAGCGCCUUUGGCUUGGGCCACAGGACCCCUCCCCAUGACGUCAGUCCCACAGGCACCUGGAGUCUCUGUGCUCUGGCAUGA